AUGGCGUCCUCUUCUGCUGCAACUCCGCUCCUUUACUCCUGCAUCGCCCACGAAACAACAAUCCUAUCUGAGUGCACCACCUCAGCCUCCUCACAGACCUCAUCGCUCGCCUCUCUCAUCCUGCCAAAGAUCGAGCAUUCAACCCCCCAGAAGUUGACGUAUACCCACGGCACGCACCAGAUUCACUAUGUCGCCGAGGCGCCGUCCGAUUAUCCUGACCACCCGGCCGCCGGCGGCCUGACUUUUCUCGUCAUCGCAGACGGAUCGUUAGGCCGUCGCGUUCCAUUUGGCUACCUGUUGGAGAUUCGCAAGCGCUUUUUCGAAAAGUUCCCCGAGAGCAGCGACUUUGCCGACAUGCCAAACUACGGCGCCGGCUCGUUCAACGCCGAGAUGAAGAACCUGAUGGUGGAGUUUGGCACGACGAGCGGCGGCAUGAACGACGCGAUUGGCAAUGCGAAGCGGGAGAUUGACGAUGUUAGAGGCAUCAUGACGAAGAAUAUCGAAAGCUUGCUCGAGCGAGGCGAGAGGAUCGACUUGCUCGUUGACAAGACGGACAGGCUGGGGAACAGCGCUCGAGACUUCCGGGUGCGGAGCCGCGGGUUGAAGCGACAGAUGUGGUGGAAGAAUGUGAAGCUCAUGGCGCUCCUCAUUCUGGUCGUGGUUCUUAUCCUGAUGAUAAUUAUCAUUUCAGUCAAGGGCUGA